CAGUGUAUGACUUAAAACAUUCUAAAACUUCAAAUUAGAACAAAACAUAUUAAAUGAUACAAUGUAAUAUUGUCAGUUAGUAGCCUUAUUAUUCUGAGGUUUAAUUACACAAUAUUUAUGAUAAAUGUAUGCAUUUUAUAAAAUGUCAUAAAACUGGGGCCCCCUGGCACCAUCUCGCGGCCCCCAGUUUGAGGACCACUGAUCUAAGCAGUUUAUACAAUCGGUUACUGAUCUAAUAUUACAUCAGACAUCAAUUGUAGGCCAUUAACAUUGCACAUAAAAGGACUGCAGCUACUGUUCGUGCCUCUGCAGUGUCGUUUUUUACUAUUGCGCUGAUAAUGCAAGAAUUGUUCUUUGCACUAACCAUUGACUUGACGUGUGGUUUCUGAAUGAUACUUACAAAUGCAAAAUUUUCAAGUCAAACGACUUGUUAAUGUGCUAUUGGAGGGAACAGUUGAAACUGACUGACUAAAAAUUGGUCUGUGAUAACAACCAUCUAGUGAACCUGUUCAACUAAUUAAGCCUUAAUGUUGCACUUUUUUAUGCCUUUAUAAACUUAAUGUCUUAACAUAUAAUUCUGUUUUCUUGUUGACAUGUUUAUUUCUUAUCUUUUUAUUUAAUCUUUUUUAAUUACUAUAAUUGCACAAAUGUAAUGCAUCAACGUGAUGUACUUAUGGAACCAUAUAUCUUUUCUGAUCAAAUUUUUUAAAUAUGCAAAAAAAAAUUUGCUGACCUCAUGAGCUCAAAAACUGCCAAUGGCAAUUUUAACGUACAUGUUAGCACCCUAUUUGUGAACAGUGUGACCAUAAUUUCAUGCAAGAGCAUGCUGGUGUGAAAGUCAAUGUUUUAAGUUCCCUUUGCAUGGCAGCAGUGUCCACCCUUAAACAGGGGCAGUAUAUAAACUCUGUACUAGUUCACUUGCAUAACGGAUAGAGAACAGCUCUCUGUGAAAAGAUGGUUGCCUUGUGCAUCCAACUGUUGACUCUGUUGGUGGUUUGUGCAGCUGCCAAUGAAAAUAAAUAUAUUACAUAUACAUUUAAAGCUUGGAAUAUGGGUGACAAGCCUUUGCAGGAGCAGCUUGCUAUUGUGUAUAAGGAGAUGGAAAACUUGAAACAUGAACAAGCAGUGAUGAAGCAAAAGCAAGACGCCAUGAGUCAGGUAUUACCACACUGUCCACAAAAGCCUCUUGAUACAGAUGUGGAAUUGAAUGUGACGUCUUUGAAAAGUGGUCAGUCAGGCAACCAUCUGGUUAAUAAAUGGCUCAGUGAGGUUGAGGAUGAUGAGGGUUCUGGUGAUGAUGAGUUUGAUGCGGGCUUAGACCCUUGCAAUCACUACAAAGCGUUGGACCAGCCCUGGAGAGCAACUAACUACACCACUAAGAGAGUUGUUUGUGACCGUAGUAUGCAAUGGAAGGGCUGGUACCGUCUCUUCUACCGUGGGAAAACCAUCCAGAUGCCUGAGAAGUGUGUGAAGAAAGAGAUGUGUGGCACGCAUUCACCUCUGUGGCUCGCCGGCGGUCAUCCACGAAUAAGAGACGGAAUCGUCACACGCAAAGUGUGCGGAAACUGGAAAAACAACUGCUGUUUGUUCAAAUCUCAUCCAAUUCAAGUGAAAGCAUGUAGGGGAAAUUAUUACGUCUACAGGUUCGUCAAACCAGUGGCUUGCCAUAUGGCAUACUGUGCAGACAUCAACACUCUUGUAUGUGGAAGGUGCAGGAAAAGUGAAUCUUGUAUCAGCAGAGACAAAAUCACCUGGAUGUGUAGGAGAAACAAACGGAGAGUAAAAGCAAAUGUCCAUUUCUUUGCCUCUUACCCGGGUCGAAUCUCAGGAAAAGUGAGCAGGAUCGUAUACAGAAAAGUGUAUGUGAAUCAAGGCAAGGCGUUUAACAGUCGCACCGGGAUAUUUCGAGCUCCAGUGUCAGGGGUUUAUCAAUUCUUCUUCUCCUCACAGACUUGGGGUGGUGGGGUGACGGACCUAUGGCUCGUUGUUAAUGGUUAUUGGGUGGCUGUGUCCCAUAACAAUGUUAAGGGCCCAAACUCGGUAGGAAAUCUCUCUACAUACAUGACUACCCUGCGCAAGGGUACUAGGGUUUAUGUGACCCAUAAUCGUGGUCGCUCUUGGGCCAACUCUUCAUCCAACAACAUCGUUUUUGGUGGUUCUUUACUUAUGGUGAGAAAAGUCUAAAGAAAUGUCAAUUUUAAAUGAAGCAGUAGUAUAACAUUUUACAGUGAGAAGCUGCUGUAGUAAUACAAAUAUAUGAUUUGAGAUUUUUCACUCUUAAAAAUAAACAUGGUAAAAAAAAUUAGUUGCAGCAAUGCAAUUAAAGAAUAAUUUUUAGAUCCCCAAAGAACUUUUCAGUUGAGGGGGAUUAAAAAUGCAAAAAUGAUUUGCCUUUUUUAUAGUGUUUAGAUCCUUUAUUCACUAUACAAGGACCCUUGUGCAACAUAAAGACUUUGUGGAUGUUUAACACAGGCCAACAAAGAAACUUUUCACUUUUAUGUUAUGCUAUUUCUGCUAUUCAUUAUUUUGGCUUUAAUAGAUGUGUUUUUUAGAGAUUUGUUUUAAAAGUAAAUAGCAAAAGUGUUUUAAAAUGCUAUUUUUCAUAAAACCUGUUUUAAAUUGUCAUUUUAUUUUUUUAACAUAAUUAUUUUACUAUACAGUAUUUUUUACAUUUUAAUUAUAUUACAUUUUAAUUAUAUAUGUAUUAUUGUUUGCUUAACUAUUAAGCACUAUUAAUGUAUUAAAAACUACUGUCGUAAAGUAAAACAAAACUAUUAGACGUAUUUUUUUAAGUAAAAGGUAGGGGGCAGUAGAGUUAUUGUGUUUAUUAUAGGAGAAUGGCACAAUGGCAGCAACCUCGUGCCUCAUCUUCAAUCCUCAUUCAACCUAAACACGUUCCCGUCUUGAGGUUACUGUACAGACAUUUUCACAUCACGUGUCAAUGAUGUUUUAAUACCAGAUUUUUUUUAAAGCAGAAAAUAUUGUUAACCAUUAACGUGCUUACCUGCGAGCACCUGUACUGUAUAAAUGGAAACUUGGGUAUUGUGCUUUUGAUGUUAAGUUACUAUUAAAAGUUAACUAAUUAUCA